GUCCCGUGCAAGUUUACUUCGAAAUAUGGCUGGAUAUAGUGAAGAUCAACUUGCUGACUUUCAAGAAGCAUUUCAACUCUUUGAUCAGAAAGGAGAUGGGUGUGUUCAGGUGUCUCAGAUUGGUGACAUCUUGCGUGCAUUGGGACAAAAUCCUACAGAAUCUGAUGUGAAGAAGCUGACUCACAACCACAGACCAGAGGCCCGUGUCAACUUUGAAGUCUUCCUCCCUAUCCUUCAAGCUAUUUCUAAAAACCGUUCAGCUGAUACAGCAGAAGACUUUAUUGAAGGCCUGAGGCAUUUUGACAAAGAUGGCAAUGGUUACAUUUCAUCAGCAGAAUUGAGACACCUUCUCACAACAUUAGGUGAGAAAUUGGCUGAUGAUGAAGUUGGGGAACUUUUGAAUGGCCAUGAAGAUUCGCAAGGCAACGUUAACUACGAAGAAUUUGUUCGUGCCGUAAUGAGCGGUUAGAUCGAAAAUUGCACGAUUUAUUUUAUAUUUUCGUAUUACCCCAGUCCUCAUUUCAAUAAAUCCACCAAAUUUCUGGUAAAAUAAAAAAUCCAAAAGAUAUAAAACGAACAAAAA